CGUAAAGCAGGAAGGCAAGGGCGGUCUAUAAUCCUUUCCCCUCCGGGGACUAGCAGGAAGGAUUUCAUAGGAUCUCCGAAAGAAGCCACGGAGACCGAGUUCCCGCCUCCUUGCCUUCCUCAUUCAUUUCCCUCGCCAGCAGCUGGUACUGUAUAUUAUUAUGAGCGGCUCCUUCCUUGUCGGGAGCCGCAAGACCGCUGAGCUGGACGAGGAGCCCGGGAAGCUGGAGAAUACCUGAGCCCAAGCCCGAGGGCGACAAAGCGCGGGAAAGUCUCCCUCUCAGCGGCUGCCAGCCCGCUCGCUCCGAGCGCGGCGGUUCCUCUCCUCCUUUAAUCCCGUUUUUCUUUGUUCUUUUCUUUUUUUUAAUUUUUAAAAGGGUUGAUGUUGCUAUGAGGAAAGAGGUCAGAGAUGACUGAUGUGGAGCCCGUAAUCACAGAUUUUGCAGCAUCGGGAAGGGCAGGCCGCCGAAAUGCCUUACCGGACAUUCUGGGUUCUUCUGCUGGAGCUGGAACGUCGGAUCUACCACACAAGUUAGCUGAGCUCUCCAUGUCAGAAGGUGAAGGAGCUGAAGGCGGGGAAGCAUCAACUUCUGAUGCCACAAUGGAAAAUCAAGAAACAGACGGAAAGAGUGUGGAAUCCUAAUAUCUGUGAAUUUUUUGCUUUGUGGUGAUCACCAACAGAUUUCACUCCCAGUGUCCGGUCUGCAAGAUUCUAAAACUCAGAAUUCUUGUCGCUGAGUGUCAUGACUAAGGGGCUACUGAAGGGUUUUAAUGAUGCUGCCUAGUCUAUCAAACAACCUGCUAUCUGUGUUCAAGUUGCAGCCAACAUUUGU